AUGUCUGACUUUAAAGAUCUUUUUACCUCAUGGGGUUACUUGUUGGACAGGAGUCAGGAUCAAUUUUUCCUGCCUGCAAUUCCUAAUGUUUCUGGAAGCAGAGUGAAUUCUCUUGAAGACCGAAUAUCCAACCAGGAGAGGACCACAGCUGUUCUUCUGGAUCAGGCCUUUCGAAUCAAAGAUGGCAUUGUUUCUUACCUUCAGGGAAAUAAAGGCUUUCAGCAAGGAGAGGCAGUAGCAUGCCAGCUACUGGAGAACCACAUACAGACUAUCACAAGCAUAGUUAAAAAGCUCAGCCAUGAUAUCGAGAUGCUGGAAAGGCAAAUAAAAACAAGAGAUGAUAUGACAUCAGGAACCAAUUUUGCUGUACAAAGCCUGGACCAUAAACAUCUGCAAGGAGUUGGGGAUCUACGUGGAAGAGUAGCCAGAUGUGAUGCCAGCAUUGCAAAACUCUCUGGAGAUACAAAUAUCAUCAGACAUGAAAUUCAAAAACAAGAAAGAGAAAUCCAUGCCCUUCAGUCUACCCAGGAAAAUUACAUUAACAACAUAGAGAUGAAGGUAAUGCAGCUAUUAGGCAAGAUAGAGACUUCAACCUCAGAGCAAAACUCACAUUUAAAGACAGUGCAGGGAGAUCACCACCAUGAAUUGCAACUCCUGGAUUUCAAGAUAAACGGUCUUUUAAAUGACCUUAAGAAUCAAAUUCAAAGCCAACAGAAAUGGACAGAAAAUGAGGUAAGAAGAUUUGAACAAGACCAAACCUACCUCACAAAUCAAGUUCUUGGCACAAUGAAAGACAGAGUGGAAGCGGUGGAAAAGAAAAUGGAAGAAGGUUUUAAUCACUUAUCAAAAAGAAUAGAAAACUCUGAUAAAAUGCUGAGAUUUGAGACAGACCUGAGUCAGGUGAAAAAUGAUCAAAAUAAACUCCAUGCAAGAAUUGUUCGAUUUGAAAAAAUGAUGUGGAAUGAGCUGGAGGAAAUCCAAAGUGAAUAUAGAUCAGGAUUUCAAUCCAUUCGGGAUUCUCUUGAUGCGCUUAAACAAAUACAAACAACGAAACUAAAACUAGAAAAGGAGAAGUUCAAGCAAGACAUGAAGAACAUAAGACGAAAAAUAACUGUACUCCAAGAAGACCAAUGA